GAUUUGCCUUAUUGUGAAUCACCAUUAGAAGCUUUUAUAUUUAGAUUUAAUGAAAUCCUUAAUCAGUGUCUUGGUGCAGUUUGGCAAAGUUGCUGUUUGUUAAAAAUAGAAAAAUGCGCUUUGUGUUUUUAAUAGGAUUUAUUUUGGCAUUAUGGUAUGGUAGCGUCCUAGGCAGAGGUUGGAAAACUAGUACUAGUACCAGUACUACUUCUGGUGGACCUCCUCCACAUAACAAUGUAGCUUUAAUGGCCCGGUACAUAAUACAUAACUCAAAUUGGUUGUCCCUUGCUACAAUUUCCACACGUGACAGUAUAAAAGGAUUUCCUUUCGUCUCUCUGAAAUCCCUUAGCGACGGUCCAAUGGAUAAUUCCACUGGAACUCCAUAUCUUUACAUGACAAACAUGGAUGUUUCAGGAAAGGAUGUUCUUGUGAACAAUAACGUUACCAUAAUGGCAACAUUGGCAGCAUCCAGCUAUUGUGACAAUAAGGAAUAUGAUCCUCAAGACCCACGAUGUGCCAAAGUAAUUAUUUCUGGUAGGCUACUCAAGGUGAACAAUUCAACUUCUGAAUACGAUUUUGCUAUAGAUUCACUUUUUGAAAGACAUCCUGCAAUGAAAGAUUGGCCCGCAGGUCACGAAUUUUACGUUGCCAAAAUAGAGUUACAACAAAUCCUUGUCUUGGACUAUUUUGGUGGUAUCAAAGAAGUUACGCCGACUGAUUACUUUAACGCUCAAUUAUCGGAUCUUGUUAAUUUGGACUUCUAUCUGCGAGGAAUUAAAAUUGUUGCCAUUGGAGGAAACUUAUAAAACAAAAUACAUAGAUAUUUUUAAUACUAAGGAUUAGAUUUAAUACCGAUUUUUACAAUUAUUGUUUAAAUAAAUCAUUAAAAAUAUUUUA